AUGGCGUCGCGAAUAAAAAACAAGGCCGCCGCGCCGGUGCAAAUCACCGCAGAGAUGCUGCUGAAAGAGGCAUCGGAGCAUCAGAUGAUUAAAGAAUUUCAGUCGAGAAAACGAAGCGAAUUUGAGAAAUAUGUUCGCAUUGCACCAGAAAGAAUUCAUAACUGGAGCCGGUAUGCCGAAUGGGAGCAAGAGCAGCGAGAGUGGACCCGGGCCAGAUCUGUAUGGGAGAGAGCUCUUGCUGUGCAUCCAACGAAUCCCCAGGUUUGGUUACGUUACAUCGAUAGCGAACUCAAAGGCCGCAACAUUAAUCACGCUAAAAAUCUCUUGGAUAGAGCAACCACAAUCCUUCCGCGAGUAUCCAAACUAUGGUUCAAGUAUGUCUACUGCUUGGAGCUGCUAUCUGAUGUGUCUGGAACUCGACAAGUUUUUCAAAGAUGGCUACAAUGGGAGCCCGAACCAGAAGUCUGGUAUGCUGCUAUCAAGUUUGAGCUCAGAUAUCAAGAGGUGGACAAUGCUCGUGCCUUGUAUGAACGCCUUACGUUUGUGCAUGGUGAGCCGAACACGUGGCUGAAAUGGGCGCGAUUCGAGAUGGAAUAUGGCACUCCGGACCUGGUCAGAGAUGUAUUUUCGCAGGCCAUCGAGGCAUUGGGCGAGGACUUCAUGUCCGAAAAGAUUUUUAUGGAAUAUGCACGUUUCGAGGCCGUUCGGAUGCACGAGCAUGAAAGAGCGCGGGCUAUCUACAAGUUUGCGCUUGAUCGAAUGCCUCGCUCGAAAUCUGUCAAUCUCCACAAAGCGUAUACCACUUUCGAGAAGCAAUUUGGCGAUUCUGAUGGCGUGGAAGACGUAGUUCUUGAGAAGCGCAGAGUUGGUUAUGAGGAUGAGCUACGAACGAGUCCUAAGAACUACGACGCAUGGCUAGACUUGGCAAGACUGGAAGAAAGGGCAGGACAGGAAGAUCGCGUCAGGGACGUUUACGAAAGGGCCAUCGCCCAACUACCUCCAUCAAACGAAAAGAGGCACUGGAGGCGAUACCUGUACUUGUUUUUGUUCUAUGCCACCUGGGAAGAGUUGAAUAGCGGGGACAUGGAACGAACUGAAGCGAUCUAUCGAGCUUGUCUGAAGCUGAUUCCACACAGUCAGUGGACAUCAGCAAAAGUCUGGCUUAAUUUUGCAUACUUUUUAAUUAGGCAAGGAAGGUUGACGGACGCAAGGAAAACGUUGGGAACGGCAAUCGGAAAAGCACCUAAGAACAAGCUCUUCAGAGAGUACAUCGAGUUGGAGAAGAGCCUCUUUGAGUUUGAUCGCGCAAGACAGCUUUACACGAAGUGGGUUUCGUGGGAUCCAAGCAACGCUGAGGCCUGGAAGUCGUUCGCAGAGCUUGAACGAGGUCUUGCCGACAUCGAUCGUGCACGGGCAAUCUACGAACUAGCUAUCUCCGAAGACGUGCUGGACAUGCCAGAGCUGCUUUGGAAGGAAUUCAUCGACUUUGAAGUGGAUAACGAGGAGUAUGAGCGUGCUCGCGCGCUGUACGAGAUGUUGCUGCAGAAGACGUCACACGUCAAGGUCUGGAUCUCCUACGCGCAGUUCGAAGCGUCCGUGCCGGACGAAGAGGAAGAGGCGGCGGAGACGGCGGCGGCAGACGAAGACCAGCUCAGCGAAGCGGCCAAGCGACGUGUGCGCGCGGUCUUCGAACGCGGAUACAAGGCGAUGAAGGAGCAGGACCUCAAGGAAGAACGAGUCGCGCUGCUGCGGGCGUGGGAGUCGUUCGAGAAGGCCCAAGGCUCGCCAGAGGACCUCGAGAAGGUCCAAAGGCAGAUGCCGAGCAAGGUCAAGAAGCGGAGGAGACUGGACGACGACACGUUCGAGGAGUACAUGGACUGGGUGUUCCCGGCCGACAACGAGAGCGAGAAGAAGCUCAGCAACCUGCUUCUCGCGGCGCAAAGGUGGAAGCAGGCGCAGGAGCAGCAAAAGGCCAGCGCAUAG